CGAGCAGCGACAGUAUCUCUUACAGAGGAGCAGAUUGCUGUAUUAUUCACUGGGUGUGAAUGUGAACUCCUCGGGCCUCGGUUGAUGAUCAGACAGCAGUUGAACUGAAUAGACGCGUCGGUGUUUUCCGGUGAUGAAUUGAGAAGAAAAGCUGAACUCUUGACCAGCUACCCUGCCCAGCGCGGUGCAUGUAUGCAGCUGUAUCGAGCUACGCCACAAUAACUACUCCAGGACGCUAUCAUGGAAAAAUACACGACACUUUCCUGCAAGCUGUGGAGAUGUCACAGGAUAGUUUGAAUGGACGUUGUUAAUUAUAUAGCUGAUGCAUUUAUGUAAUGUUUUACAUGCAGAUGUUUUAUUUUGCAUAGAAGGAAAGCGCAUAAUAGCUUCGGUUAUGUCCAGAUGACAAGCUGCAUCUGGUCUGACGGUGAUGCAACAGCAUUUAUUACAUGCACAGAGUUUUAAUAAGCUGUUCAAGCGCUGCUGGAUCUUAAACUGUUGCAUUGAGAGCUGACAGAAGGAUAGGGUCUCUUUGUCGUCGAUCACUGAGAAUCUAGGAAGAGGGGGAACGACAAUUUGGGUGUCCUGGCACAAACGACAAUCCAGAGACAACAAUGGCAAAUGACUCCAUCCAAAGUGAUCCCGGUGGGUUGUCAGUACUAGAGCAGCUAGGCUUGGACCACAGCUCCGAUUUCUCUGACUCAAGUGUUCAGCAGCGGCUGGAUGAACAGCGAGAGCGAAUCCGUAGGGAAAUCCGGAAGGAGCUGAAGAUCAAAGUGGGAGCAGAGAAUCUCCGCAGAGCCACUACCGAUAAACGAAAUGCUCAGCAGGUGGAGAGUCAGUUGAGGAGCUCUAAUCGACGUCUGGACUCGCUCCACGCUGAGCUACAAGAGCUGGACGCUCAUAUCGUCGUCAAAGGGACGGAUGAUUCACGUGAUGAUGCUCCUCAGUCUCCGGGAGCAGAGAGCAGGUCUUCGGCGCACAAGGAGAGAAUCGCUGCCCUGGAAAGGCAGUUAAACAUCGAACUCAAAGUCAAACAGGGGGCCGAAAAUAUGAUCCCCAUCUAUGCCAACGGCUCCGCUAAGGAUAAGAAGAUGUUGCAGACAGCUCAGCAGAUGCUACAGGACAGCAAGACAAAGAUUGACAUCAUUCGCAUGCAGAUCCGGAAAGCAGUGCAGGCCUACGAACACAAAGAUGAUAUACAGGGAAAGCCUGACCCAUGUGGUAUGGAGCUACGGAUUGAGGAGCUCAGACACCAUUACCGUGUAGAGCACGCCGUCGCUGAGGGAGCAAAAAAUGUCCUUAGACUUCUUGGAGCCAGUAAAGUACAGGACAAAAAGGCCAUGUCAGAGGCUCAGUGUCGUCUGAGCGAGUCGUCUCAGAGGUUGGAUCUGCUGAGAGAUUCACUAGAUCGGCGGUUAGCAGAACUUCCUGAGGAUCAUCCCAAAGCAUCUGUUAUCAAAGAGGAGCUGGUGUUAGCCUCAUCACCAGCGUUCAGCUCUCGACACGGCGCCCCCUACGUGCACAACCAGUACAGCACACUCUCCAAACCCUCUCCCCUCACUGGCACUCUUCAGGUCACACUGCUGGGCUGUAUGGGUGUGCUAGAGGUGGUUCCCGGACGUUCCCGCGGCAGUCAGUUAGUAUUGCCAUGUUACAGUCCGGGAGAAGGACGGUCCUUUAUGCGGAGUGGAAAAGGCCUGUACAGUCGCAGUGGCAGUGUUAGCGGAAAAACACCCCCCAAAACAGACGAGCUCUCCUCGGAGGUGAGCGCAGUACUGAAGCUGGAUAACACAGUCGUGGGUCAAACGGCAUGGAAGAUGGUUGGAGAACAGGGCUGGGAUCAGACCUUCACCAUAGAGCUGGAGCGAUCCAGAGAGAUGGAGAUCGCAGUGUACUGGAGAGAUUACCGAUCUCUGUGUGCACUGAAAUUUCUCAAGUUGGAGGAUUUCCUGGACAACCAGAAACACAGAGUACAACUAGAGCUAGAGCCACAAGGGCUGCUGUUGGCAGAGGUUACCUUCUUUAACCCCGUGAUCGAGAGGGUUCCACGGCUAAAACGGCAGAAGAACGUUUUCUCCAAACAACAGGGAAAAGCGUUCUUGCGAGCUCGGCAGAUGAACGUUGAUAUCAGCACAUGGGUGAGGUUACUGAGGAAUGCCAUACCAACCGUCAACAACACAGGAACCUACAGCCCUCACGCACACACAGUACAGACAGGGGAGAUAUCGGUGGAGAAGUUGAGUUUAGACUAUGACUCACCGAUGAAGGUGGACAUUCGUCGAGAUGUGCCGGAUACAAGCGCUCCAGAACGGCAGCCGGCCACUGAACCCGUCUCUGCUCCGGACCUCACCACACCUGAACGCCAAAUCAGAACACAUUCACUGAGCAGUAAACAGAAGAAGACUCCUUUGAGCCUGCAGGAUUUCCGACUAAUAGCUGUUCUUGGCAGAGGGCAUUUUGGAAAGGUGCUGUUGGCAGAAUACAAGAAGUCAGGCAAUAUGUACGCCAUUAAAGCCCUGAAGAAAGGAGACAUUGUGGCCAGAGAUGAAGUAGAAAGUUUGAUGUGUGAGAAGCGCAUUUUCGAGACGGUUAACAGUGCGCAGCACCCCUUCCUCGUGAACCUGUUUGCGUGUUUCCAGACCCCAGAACAUGUGUGUUUUGUCAUGGAGUACACGGCAGGUGGCGAUCUAAUGAUGCACAUACACGCAGACGUCUUCACCGAGCCACGGGCUGUGUUCUAUGCUGCUUGUGUAGUUUUAGGGCUUCAAUUUUUACAUGACAACAAGAUUGUGUACCGAGAUCUUAAAUUGGACAACUUGCUGCUUGACACAGAGGGUUACGUGAAGAUCGCCGACUUUGGAUUGUGUAAAGAAGGUAUGGGUUUUGGGGACCGUACCAGUACGUUCUGUGGGACUCCAGAGUUUCUGGCUCCAGAGGUUCUAACAGACACGUCGUACACGCGGGCCGUGGACUGGUGGGGACUCGGAGUGCUUAUAUACGAGAUGUUGGUGGGAGAGUCUCCGUUUCCAGGUGAUGAUGAAGAGGAGGUUUUUGACAGCAUAGUGAAUGAUGAAGUUCGUUAUCCACGGUUCCUUUCCUCAGAGGCCAUUGGCAUCUUGAGGAGGUUACUAAGGAGAAAUCCAGAAAGACGACUGGGUUCCAGUGAGAAAGAUGCAGAGGAUGUAAAGAAACAGCCUUUCUUCAGGAAUAUGGACUGGGAGGCUCUUCUCCUCCGUAAACUCCCUCCUCCCUUCCUUCCGACUAUCGGAAACAAAGAAGACGUCAGCAACUUCGAUGAGGAAUUCACAACAGAAGCGCUGGCUCUCACGCCGCCUCGUGAACCCCGGGUGCUCUCGCGCAAGGAUCAGGACAGCUUCCAUGAUUUUGACUAUGUCUCUGACCUCUGCUGAGAGCGUCUUCACUGUGAUAGUGCUGUAGAGAGACCUUUCUGCUCCAUGACUCAACGACGACGAGGACGAGGGCGGCCAAUCUGAGUGUUUCGCGUGAAUUAUGAAUGUGCUGGAACUGUGAACACUGUGAUGGAAGAAAGAGGAGGCCAAAAAAACGUUCGAAUCGGAUUAACAACAGAAAGCUUGUUUCUUGCCAGCAGGUUUAAAAGUGCAUUUGAUCAUUUUUUUGCGCUUCAACUCAGACUGACACCUAGAGGUUUGGAUGAAGCAUCACACUAAAGUGGUGAGUUACUGAUGCAAUCGUAGAAAAGCAUUAUUCACAGUCAGCCAUAGGGCCUUUCGCACCGCGGGAACCUUUUCAUAGUACCAGAACUAAUUACAAACUACCCACUU